UCUUUACACAGGAGGAAAUUGGUUGCAUAGACAGAACUUGCUCCAAAAGAAGCUAGUUGAUUCAAAAUUAAUUGUUUAACAUGAGCUACCUGAGAGUUCCUUCAUAUGGUUCUUCUUCUUCCGCUAGUUGGAAAUAUGAUGUAUUUAUAAACUUUCACAAUGAAGACACAGGCAAGAACUUCACAGAGAAUUUAUAUGCUGCUUUGGAUCGGAAAGGAUUUAAAGUUUUUAAGGGUGACAAAGAAUUUGAAAGAGAAAUGCCCAUUUCAUUGGAACUAGACAAAACAAUUGAAGAAUCAAGAAUUUUUAUUGUUGUUUUCUCUAAAAGCUAUGCUUCUUCUAUCCAAUGUUUGGAUGAACUUAAUAAGAUUCUUGAAUGCAACAAGACAAUGGGACAAACAGUCAUUCCCAUUUUCUAUUAUCUGGAGCCAGACGACCCAAGAUAUCAAAUAGGAGUUUUUCAUGAAGCAUUUGAUGAUCAUGAUGUACGUUUUGAAGUGGAUAUGGAGAAAGUGCAAAUGUGGAGGAAGACUUUAAAAGAGGUGUCCAAUAUCUCUGGAUUUCACUUGAAGGACAGUCCUGAAGAAAAAUAUAUCGAAGGUGUUGUGAAGGAAAUAUCAAGUAAAUUAAGCGGUUCAACUUCAAAAUUUAUGAAUCUCAAAAAAUUAGUAGCUGGAGUUAAUUUCUGUGUAGAGAAACUUCUGAUGAAGUUGGAGACACUCAGAGAGUUGAGUGGGUACAAUCCACAAUUAUCUUACCACUUUUAUAUUUUUUUUCAACUUUUUUCCAGCACCAUGAGAAUACAAAGAGUUUCUUCAUCCACUAGUGCGAAACAUGAUGUCUUUCUAAACUUCAGAGGUAUAGAUACUCGAAACAACUUUACAAAUCAUCUAUAUGGUCAUUUGAUUCGAGAGGGAAUUAAGGUAUUCAAGGAUAAUCUAGAACUUGAGAUAGGAAAACCCAUUUUACCAGAACUUGUUAAUGCAAUAGAAGAAUCAAGAAUUUCAAUUGUUGUAUUCUCAAAAAAUUAUGUUUCUUCACCCUGGUGCUUGGAUGAACUUGUGAAAAUUGUGGAAUGUAAAAACACAAGGGGACAAUCAGUCAUUCCAAUUUUCUAUGAUGUGAAUCCAUCCCUGGUAAUAACAAAGUUGGAGGUAGCUAUUGGUCAACAUCAAAAAGUGUUUGCGGACCAUAUAGAAAACGUGCAAACAUGGCGGAACGCUUUGAUGGAGAUCACCAAUCUGUUUGGAAGGGAGUUGAAGGAUAGUCCUGAAGCAGAAUUUAUCGAAGGUGUUGUGAAGGAAAUAUCAAGUAAAUUAAGUGGUUCAACUUCAACUUCAAAAUUUAUGAAUCUCAAAAAAUUAGUAGCUGGAGUAAAUUCCCGUUUAGAGAAUUCUCUGAUGAAGGUGGAGACACCCAGAGUUGCGUGGGGCCAAUCCACAAUGAUCUCACCAUGUCUUUUUUUAAAAAACUUUUUAUCGCCGGCUCAUUUUUUGGCGCAUGUGAAUGAUUAGAGGCUCCACAUGGGACUAACAAGUUGUAAACUCCUGGUCCUGGAGGGCGUACAUAUUUUUGUUUGUUAGCGAUUGUGGCUCAUCUGGUGAAAAUAUUUAUAGGCCCCCACAGAAGACUCUCAUUCUAAUUUUCCACGCACAUAUUCAUUACUUCAUCUUAUUAUUGUAGAUAUCAGUGUUUUUCAUUGG